CACAUAUGGUUGUGAAGUGUCCCGGUAUGAGCUACACCUCUCCAGCAACAGUUGCUACACUAUGCCAUAAGAAGACAGCACUGCUUUAUACCAACGCAUCAUGGUAACCACCUCAAGCUUCUUUCUCAAUGGUCUGCGCAAUCGCAACAAUGUUAUUGAGGAUGGCAGCAUAGAUGAUAUCGGACAGUAUUCGCUAGCCGAGGGAGAAGCAAAAGUACAAGGAAUCGAUACGGACACACGAGGUACAUCGGCGCAAAGCAAUGAUGCCAUGGCAAAUGAUGCAGCUUCAACCACGGUUGUAAAGCGUAAGCGCAAGUUGAAGCGUCAACGUGAUGAUAGUGAUUCUGACGAUGGCGCUGACGAGGCGGCAGCCGCAAUGGCGGAACGAAUCGCACGUGAGGAACAAAAGAAAAGAAGGAUAAUACUUGACAAUCUAGAGACUCUAGCUUCGUUCCUCAAAAUAUCUAAGAACAUGAUGAAAGCAGCGGUUGACGGAUUUGGUGGUGGUGACCCAGCUAUGGAAACUCAAAUAAGAGAAACCAUUAGACGUGGCGGCUGCGCUUUUAUACACACCCGGGCUGAUUUAUCUAAAUUUGAGAUUGCUGAGAAAUUUAGAAACUUAAAGUUGUAUCAGCAGUGUGGAGUGCACUGGCUAUCACUGAUACACUCCGUGGAGAGUGCUAAUGGGAUCCUGGCAGAUGAAAUGGGACUUGGGAAAACGGCCCAAGCCAGUGUAUUCUUGAGUUAUCUGUAUAGUAUGCAGAUGCCAAGUACGAGUAAAGACUUUUUGUCAAAGAUGAAGCUGGAAGCUGGUGGUUGCCGAAGGUCAACCUUGAUAUUAGUACCAUUGUCAGUGCUGGACAAUUGGUGCAACGAAUUGAAGCGCUGGGCGCCAAACCUCAAAGAUCGCAUUGUUAAGUACCACGGGGCACAAUCUGCAAGAUUUCAAAUUGCUUGUGAUAUGUUAGACGACGUUAGUAAGGGCUCUUUUGCCAUAUUGGUCUCCACCAUGGCCACGGUGUCCUCUAAAGAGGACAUACGAAUGCUGCGUGGUCUGCGUGAAUUUGAGUACAUGAUAGUAGAUGAAGCCCACUCGCUGAAGAAUAGCGAGACCAUUGCUUAUCGCAGGUUGAAUGGUUCAUUCAACAUCAGGCACCGGCUUUUAAUAACGGGUACGCCAAUACAAAACAGGGAAAGUGAAUUGGGCAACUUGAUACAAUUCGCCAUGCCUGAGUUAUUUGACCAAUUUAAGGUUAAUGCCGGGAUCAACUACCUUAUAGAGCAUUACAAAGACGCUGUCAACGAGUUCCCCGACUUGGCAUCGCUAGUGGAUAUUACUGAAAUAGAGGAUUACAAACGUGCACAGAGGCAGCAGUCACAACACAAACUUAAACGUAGUCGGAAGUAUACAUAUGUAAAGGAAUCAGAUCCUGUGGCAACAGAAAUUACGGCCGUAGAUGCAGAGGAAUCAACAUCUGAGCCGAUGCAAUCAAGUUCGGAGCCUGAAAUGCCAGAUAGAGAUACUGAAAGUGUAGAGCCUACCAACGAGGCUGAAUUGAAUUCCGAGCUUUCUGGUGGCGACUUAGGGUGCCAGAUAAAGGCGGAAGAAGUAUCCACUGACGGAUCCACGCAAACACCUGAAACUAUCGACCCUAGCAUCCGAGUGCUGCAAAGGCUAAUAGCACCCUUUAUUCUAAGAAGGAAGAAACGUACGGUAAUGCACGAAUUACCGGAGAAACGCACUUUACUGGUACGGUGCAAGAUGACGGGAAUACAGUUGGAUAUGUACAUGACCGAGGUUGAAACCAAGAUAAAGCAAAAUCGGGAUACGCUUGUGCAAAAGUGCAAAGUCACUGAAGGUGAGGUCCUGAGCAUGUGUAAUGGGCGGUCAAGGGACUACAGCCUAAGCCGAAGGGAUGACUUUUUGGUCAAGUCAAUGGUAUUCCUGAUGAGGCGCAUAUGCAACCACCCGUUGCUAGUGAGAGGUGCAUAUUACAAGGAAGACCUUUUGCAGAAGCUCAUUAAAUACUACUGGUCCAAGGUAGAGGGGUACAAGGGUAACCCACUAGAGCGAGUGGAGAAGGAACUGCGGUCAUGGAGUGAUUUCGAGAUACACAGGUCUCUGCAGUCAUUAGUUCCAGUCGAGCCCAGGCUGGAGCGUUUCUUAAUCCCCAAGGAACAGUUCCUGGAGUCAGCCAAGGUCCAGGAAAUGUUCAAAAUCAUUGAUCGCGUUGAGCAAGCAGGGAAGAAAGCGUUGAUAUUCUCGCAGUUUACAAUGUACCUCGAUCUGCUGGAAACGUGCUUGGGUCUACAUAAGCCACAGCUGGAGUACUUGCGGCUUGAUGGUGGGCAUAAUCCGUCUACACGCACGGACAUUGUUGAAAGAUUCACGAACGAUCCCAAUAUCACACUACUGCUGAUAUCCACUAAGGCUGGCGGCACUGGACUCAACCUCACAGUAGCCUCCACUGUGAUUCUCAUGGACCUUGAUUGGAAUCCACAUAACGACGCACAGGCGGAAAACAGGUCGCACAGAAUAGGGCAGACUGAGCCCGUGGACGUGUACAAGCUGAUGUGCGAGGACACCAUUGAGGAGUAUAUCUGGGAAUGCUGCCAGCGCAAGCUGCUGCUGGAUGAUGCCUUUAGCGGUAAGAACUUGGAGGAAGAUCAAGCCGCUAAUUAGCCAACACAUCGCCAUGGCGAUUCGCUGUCCACAUACUAGAUAUACCAAUUACAACAAUCGCUUAAUGUACGGUGUGGCGCUAGC